AUGGACCAGAAAACAUCAACGACUCAAACAAAAAGUCAACAACAACGUGCUAUUCGGAUAGCCAAUGUCAGUGAUGUCAUGUGUGAUCCUGGAUUUCAUAUUUAUUAUCAAGCGACAAAAGGGCCUAUCGAUGCAAUCACCGGAGACUAUCUUUCUGAGAUUAAUAUUGCGACAAAUGCACAAACUUAUCAGGCUGGUCAACAUCUGGAUUGGGGAAAAACUGCCGAAGACGGACUUAUCCAAGCUUUGGAAGUCAUCGCAACAAAGAAAAUCAAAGUAAGGAUGGAAUCUCAUGAUGUCUGGUUGAGCGAACUUUCAUUUUUCUAA